UAUUCAGUAGGAGACUCCGGGCUCUCUAGGCAGAUAACAGCAGGCGCAUUGACUAAGUUUCAUUCACCACUGACCAAGCACCUCGACCACAGGAAUCACUAUCUCACCAUGGCUAAAAUCUUGCUCACCGGAGCUACUGGCUUCAUUGGCGGAGAGAUCCUUCACACUCUAGCAUGCGCUGGACACUCAGGCCUACACAUAACCUCGCUUGUGCGAGACGCCAGCAAGGCACAGCAAGUGCAAUUGGCCUACCCAGAGGUCAAGACCGUCUUGGGAGAUCUGGAUGAUACCGACUUGAUAAAAGAACAGUCCAAAGCCGCAGAUGUCGUUCUGAACUUCGCUGCCACUGGACAUGCAGCGAGCGCAAAGGCUAUUGCGGAGGGCCUACAGGCACGACAGAAAGAGACGCAAAAGCCCGGUUACUGGAUCCAGAUUUCAGGAGCGACAAUCUACGCAGCGGACGAGAUUGGCUCGGGCCGUUAUGGUAAUGCGACUGACGAUACCUACGAUGACCUCAAGGACCAGAAGAAGAUCCUAUCAGCCAUCCAGAAGAAUCCCAAACGAGUGGUCGAGAACCUUGUCAUAUCGCAGAACCCUUCAUCAGUCAAGACAGCACUGAUUGUAGGACCCCUCAUCUACGGUGUAGGCCAAGGUCCGGUCAACCAGAGGAGCGUCCAGGCACCAGAAAUUGCGAAAGCGACUUUGAAGCUCGGCCAUGGUUUCAAGUUGAACGAGGGCAAGAACAUUUGGAGCAACAUUCACGUUCACGAUUUGGCUAGUUUGGUCUCCCUACUAGUCGGAGCUGCCAAAGAUGGUAAGGAUGGCUUCUGGAAUGAGGAUGGCGUGUUCAACGUCGAGAACGGCGAGCUGGCUUUCGGCGACUUGAGUGCUUUGAUCACAAAAGAGGCACACAAGCAAGGCUUCAUCAAAUCUGGCGAUCACCUCGAGACCAUCGACGCAGCGAAAGCUGACACCCUGAGUGGUCAUGCAUCAGUCUUGUGGGGCACGAAUGCUCGUACACGAUCGUCGAACGCUCAGAAGAACCUUGGAUGGAAGCCAACCGGAGCUUCGCUUGAGAGGACGAUUGCCGACUUGGUCAGUAGCGAAGGAAAGGCAUUUGACAGUAAGAAGAGUGAAUUGUAAGGAGUUCUAUCAAAGUUGUCGAACUAGUUGAGCAACAACAACACACAACCAAUCAACGCAACCUUCCUCUACAAUUCGAACGCUGUUUCCUUGUACGACCUGGCGUUUCACGCUCGACCCUCAAAACAUACGGAACAAGCCUUGCGGCCCGUGGUGCCCCACACUCUUACGCGUCCGCAUCGCCGUCCUGUCACUCUGAAUCUGAAUGACGCUUCAAACAUCAACACAUCCAUUGGUCUUCUGUAAAUGACAAGCUAUACAAGCAUUCUGAGGGAAAGGAUUG